CGCUGCAGGUGUCGGCCUGCCUGCUGCAGGGCCUGCUCGUCGGCGAUGAUCGAGGCUUCUCGUACGCCAGGCUGGCGCGGUCGGCGUGCGCCGGCGUGGGCCUGGGCAUGGCGCUGCCCGCCUCCCUGAUGUACUUCGCCGAGCUGUGGCGGCCGGCGAAACGCGGCGCGGUGUGCUGCGUGCCCACCCUGGCCGUGGUGCUGGGCCGUGGGAUGGCCUUCGCCCUGGAGCACCGCAAGGUGCUGGAGCCCGGCGACGCCGCCCUGGUGGGGUUGGCGCCGGCCUUGCUGGGACUGCUGCUGUUGCUGCUGCUCGCGCCGCCCUCGCCCUACUGGCUCGCCCUGCGCGGCAGGGAGGUGUCGCUGGGGAGGGCGCUGGCCAGGCUGCGCGGCCUGCGCGACGAGCGCGGCGCGCGGGACGAGGCGGACGACGUGGUGGACACGGUGCGGGAGCAGCGGUCCGGCGUGUGCGCGGGCAACGUGCUGCCCAUGCGCGCCAAGGCGUGGCUGCCCGCCCUCGCCGUGCUGGUCUACGCCGCCUGCCGCACGGCCACCGAAGCCGCCUACGUGAUGGUGCCCAUGUUGGUGCGCGAGGCUGCCGACAACCGCGGCAGGUACUUCCUGGCCUCCUGCUGCUACGGCCACGCCCUCUGGGCCCUCGUCCUCGCCGCCGUCAUGGGCGGCCUGCUGCCGGAGACCAACGGCUUCACUCUGGCCCAGCUGCACGAAAUCUUCAGAGGGCCCAACCGCCAGACGCUGCAAACCCGUCUGUGA